AUGUCGUCCCACAGCAACAGCAGUUCCUCAUCACCUCCACGAGUUCCUCCUCAUAUUCGUCUCAAUUCAGGUCAAGAAGACUUGCUCAACGCCGAUGCAAGCAGUUCCUCGAGGACUCUUGUCCCGACAAACUCUAGACCGACAACAGCCCGGUCACAAUUAAGCAACGUCUACCCUUCAGAUCAAGUCCAGGAUUCGGCUGAAAGACUACUACCACCAGUCACAGGCCGCUCAAACAGAUUCAAAGAUGACGGCGGCUCACCCCUAAGGUCCCCCGUUCGCUCGAGUUAUUCUUCUCGCCGAUCGAGCUGGGAGUCGGACCGGAGCAGGGAUAGCAGAGGCUUCGAAAAUCCGUUCAGGGAUCAAAGUCAAUCAAGACCAGGUUCAAGAGCCGGCAGUGAUGACAACGACGUCAACACUCAAACGGUAUCAGAAAAAUACAAUAUUCUGCCAUCUGCGGGACUUCUUCUAUUCCCAGAGGAUGUUGAAAAAGACGACUACCUCCAUAACCCUGAUCCCAAUGACAAGGACCGAGACUGUGAUAUCUUCAACAGAAGAGGCUUAGUCAAUGUUGGUGGUCUUGCCCUGAUAACACUAGGAAUAUUGGUCCUUUUUGUGGGAUAUCCAGUUUUGACCUUUGUUGAGAAGAUAACGUCGUCACCAAACCCAUGCGCAGACGGCAACUCUUGCAUAGGAAGUGGUAAGGUUCCAUUACUGAAGAAUAUUCGCACUAGUCUCAUCGAUCCCGACACCCCUGAUUCCGUCAAAACAAAGAAAGAUUAUCAUGGAAAUACGUGGAAUUUGGUCUUCUCAGACGAGUUCUCCAAGCCAGGACGGACGUUCUAUGAAGGAGAUGACCCAUAUUGGACUGCAGUGGACAUCUGGUAUGGGGUGACGAGGGAUUUGGAGUGGUACGACCCCGACGCUGCCACCACAAACGAUGGCAUGCUGCAGUCCUGGAAUCAGAUGUGUUUCAAAGGCGGCAGGUUGGAGGCCAGUAUCUCUCUUCCCGGCCGUGGUGAUACCGUCGGCUUCUGGCCCGGUUUUUGGUCCAUGGGCAACCUUGGACGGCCUGGAUACGCUGCGACAACAGAUGGCUUGUGGCCCUACUCGUACGCAGACGUGUGCGACGCCGGCAUCACUGCGAACCAGAGCUCUCCCGAUGGCAUCAGCUACCUCCCAGGCAUGAGACUCCCAGCCUGCACAUGCUCUAAUGAGGACCAUCCAACUCCUGGGAAAUCCCGAUCCGCCCCUGAGAUCGAUGUGCUGGAAGCAAGCGUUGGCACUCUUGAUGCCGAGGGCAACCAAAUCGGUAUGGUCUCUCAGUCCUUUCAAGUGGCGCCCUUCGACAUCUGGUAUCAACCCAACUAUGACUUCGUGGAAGUCUUCGAUUUCUCAGUCACAGCCAUGAAUACAUACAAAGGUGGACCUUUCCAGCAAGCAGUUUCGGGAUUGUCCAAUCUCAACAAUGCGUGGUAUGAUGGGAACGCUUAUCAAGUUUAUGCUUACGAAUACACCACGGGGAACGAUGGCGAUAUCACCUGGUUUGUCGGCUCGGAGCCUGUGUGGCGUAUGGAAGCCCAGGCAUUGGGUCCCAACGGAAAUGUUGCUCAAAGAGUUAUUCCCGAAGAGCCGAUGUCGAUCAUUGUCAAUUUCGGUAUAUCACCUGGCUUCUCGUCGCUGAAUUUGACCGGAUUAGCGCCUCUGAUGCCAGCUACCAUGCGAGUUGAUUACAUCCGCAUCUAUCAGGACGACAACGGCGAAAUGAGCUGUGAUCCUGAGGGAUACGAGACGACCGAGUAUAUCAACAAUCACUACGAGGUGUAUCACAACCCGAAUAUCACGACUUGGGCCGAUACCGGCUACGGAUGGCCAAAGAACUCGCUGGUGAAUGGAUGUUAA